AUGGCCCGGCACGUUUUUCCAGGAACAAACAGUGGCUUUGUUUGCAGCAGAACUUGUGGACCUUCUGAGACUUUCGACAGUACCGCCAUCGGUUUGUCUGACUCAACUGACCAUCCUCCUGGCUAUCAAGAUAGUCUUAUCCUAGCGCAAAACGAAUUGCCAGAGAUGCAUCAACUACAAAAUUACUGUGAAUGCAGAAAGCUUGACAUGAAGGCCGCUUCCUUUUUAAAGCCAGUAAUCUCUGAGCUGAAGGUUUUAGUUCGGCAGACCGAAUUCGUAAUUGUCGAGGCGCCUAAUUCGCUACGCACUGAUGCAGUUAUUCUUAAGGUAUGCCGACAAAUUAUUUAA